AUGGGCAGCCUCGACUAUACCUCCCUUCAAAACAUCCCUAUUAGCUACGCAACAUGCUCGCUCGGAUCACCAUCAAACCCUCCACCUCUCCUUGACCGCCUAAAUGCCAUAGCCGCCGCAGGCUUCACCGCCGUCGAGCUUUCUUUCCCGGACAUCCUCUCCUAUGGCCAAACACUACUCGGCCAUGAAGUCGAACCGUCCAACUACGAUGAGCUGUGCAAACCGUUUGCCAACUACGAAGGCUGGCCCGAAGGUUCCGAUGGCCGCAAAGACGCCAUGGAGCGGGCCCGCGGCUGGGUCCGCAUCAUGCAGGCGUGCGGGACAGAUCUGCUGCAAGUCGGAUCGACGGAUUCACCACUCGAGAAGCUAGACAAAAGCAAAAUGGUCUCCGACCUCCAGGUUCUCUGCGACAUGCUCAAGGAACACAACUUCCGAUUGGCCUAUGAGAACUGGUGUUGGUCGACGCACGCGCCUGACUGGAAAGAUGUCUGGACCAUUGUCCAGCAGGUAGACCGUCCAAACAUCGGCCUUUGUCUUGAUACUUUCCAGACUGCUGGUGGAGAGUGGGGUGAUCCUAGGACGGCCUCUGGUCUGCGAGAAGAUGUAUCAAGAGACGAGAUGGAAAAGCGAUUCCACAAGAGCCUGGAGGAGCUGAGCUCCACCAUCCCCAAGGACAAGAUCUACCUCCUGCAAAUUAGCGAUGCCUACAAAGUCCCCCAAGCCUUCAAUGAUGAGCGUGACGAUGCAGGUUUGCUGCCUCGUGGACGAUGGAGUCACGACUUUAGACCUCUACCUUACAACGGAGGUUACCUACCGGUUGCUGACGUUGCGAGGGCAGUGCUCAAGACGGGAUUCAGAGGCUGGUUCAGCUACGAGGUUUUUGACGGAGGUGCAGAUGGCAAGGCUACGGAUGUUGACAUUAUGGCUUAUGCGCAUGCUGCCAAGAAUGUACAAGACAGGCUGCUGCAGGAGUGUGCUGGCCACAAGGUUCCGGAAGGGAUUGCAACAAGGUAG